AUGGUAUACUUUGACUGCGAAUAUGACACCAUAGGGAAAGACCGAGCGGGGGUGAUGGUGGUGAGUGACGGAUGCAGGGUUUUUGGCACAUUGGGAGGACCUUUUGAGCCUUCAACGGGCACAGCAAACAUGUAUGCAGGGAGCGUCCGGGUUUCUAUAACUGGGUGCAGCGAGAACAGGAUAGAGUAUGCCUCAGUGCAGGAGGUCCUUGAGAAGACGCUGUCCAGCAUAAUCCACAUACGAGACUAUCCAAGGUGCAUCCUGGACAUAAAAUUAUACGUGGUGACAUCCCGGGAGAGCAUCAUCUCUAGCAUAAUAAACACAAUAUCCGUGCUUCUGCUGAACGCGGGCAUACAGAUGAAGGGGGUGCUUGUGGCUGCGUACGAAAGCAAAAGCGGAGCAACCGCAGGGUAUGCCCACUCAAACAACGUGUACAGCAAAGUGCUAGAAAUAGGCGAGUGCGCUGAAGAGAGCACCAGCGAGGUGCAGGACACUCUGGAAAGAAUGGUGUACUCGCUGAAGGAGGACUACCAGAAAAAUUGGGAGCUUGCAUAG